AACUUCAGUACCCCUCCAGCCGAGCCCCCUCGAGCUCAACAGCCACAGCGCGAGGGCGCCUUGACGACUCGAGGCAGCUGCUGGAGCGCAGGACACCUGUUGCCACGGAAACAGCACCGGUGGGAAAAAUCACCAAUAACAGAAAACAGAAGAAAAAACCCGUUGCUUGGCCAGGUGUUUCCUCCACAGCUGUUACAGACAGUCAGACAUGUCAUCUCCAGCGCUGCUCAACCUGCUCCGAUGUGCUCGCUCCACCGUCACCAGGCAGACCUUCCUCGCCGUACGCUCCUCACCAGAAAUAUCCGCAGCUUCUGCACAGGUGGGCGGAGCCUUGUUCGGGGUGGUGGGCGUGCGUCGCGCCAGCGGGUCGACUCUCUGUGACAGCAACGGCAGCGGCCGGCCGGUCACCUGGGACUCAUUCGGUAUCUGGGACAACAGGAUAGAAGAGCCGAUACUGCUGCCCUCCAGUAUCAGAUAUGGAAAACCCAUUCCACAGGUCAGUCUGUCCCGGGUUGGCAGUGCAUCUGUUUUGGGUCACAGGAAGCAGAACGAGGACCGCCUCCGUGUCGCCCGUAUCCAUGACAACCUGCUGUACUUUGCCGUGUUCGAUGGCCACGGCGGUCCGCACGCCGCCGACUACUGCUACACCUUCAUGGAGAAGUUCAUCAGAGAUGCUCUGGAGGACGACGACGACCUGGAGAAAGUUUUAAAGAAAGCGUUUUUAGACGUCGACAAGGCUCUACACACACACCUCAGCUACUUCAACAAUGCUUCCUUCCUGACAGCCGGCACCACGGCGACGGUUGCAUUGCUGCGUGACGGCGUGGAGCUGGUGGUCGGUAGCGCUGGAGACAGCCGGGCGUUGGUGUGCAGAGAGGGACAAGCCAACAUGCUCACCAGAGAUCACACACCUGAUCGCAAGGACGAGAGACAAAGGAUCCAGAGGUUCGGCGGCUUCGUGACAUGGAACAGCGUCGGUGUGGCGAAUGUUAACGGGCGGCUCGCCAUGACUCGCAGCAUCGGAGACUUCCACCUGAAAGGCAGUGGUGUCAUCGCAGAACCGGAUACACGACGGCUCACUGUCCAGCACGCCAGCGACUCCUUCCUGGCUCUGACCACCGACGGCAUCAACUUCCUGCUGAGCGACCAGGAGAUCUGUGAUGUCAUCAACCAGUGUCAGGACCCCACAGAGGCUGCUGACGUCAUCGCUGAGCAGGCGUUGCAGUACGGCUCAGAGGACAACGCCACCAUCAUCGUUGUCCCUUUCGGAGCCUGGGGGAAACAUCAGAGCUCCACCGUCGUUUACAGCAUCAGCAGAAACUUCUGUUCAAGUGGGAGAUGGGCGUAGAGGACACACACACACACACACACACACACACACACAUAAAACAACACCAUGAAGUUGACUUCAAGGACACAAACAUUUUUAAUCUUUUUUAAUGAUUAUAAAACCCCCUGAAUUCAUCUGACGACACUCAGCGGAGAAUCCACAGUAACUUCAGAGCUUUAGAGUUGACUGUAGUAUUAAUGUGUGUGUCAGCUCGUCAACCGUGUACAUAGGAUGUAAAUUAAUAUGUUGUACAUACAGAGAGGUUUGUCGCAGUGUUGUUUGUCAAUCCGUGUUUAGACAAAACAUUUAACAUCCCUCCUGUAUUUCUGUCACACUGACAGUUCGCCCAGUCCCAUUUGAAAUGUCCAAAAUGUCGACUUGUCAGGAAGAAAGUUUUGUUUUUUGAGUUUUGAGGUCAGAGUGGAUUUGAUGUGUUUUUUACAGAGGUGAUAAACGGGGGUUUAUUUUGUUCCAAACAAAAAGAACCAUGUCACUGAAAUGUCACUUUGCUUCAUCAUAUCACAUCAAAUGCUAAACAUUUUUAGCCCUUUGAGUGAAACUUACUGAUGUUGAAAAUGGCCAAUUUUAUGUCACAAGUAAAGCAGAUGAAACACAGAUGAUAAAUAACACAUGAAGAAAUAAAAGCCAAGGUAAAACCUGCCUAUAAUAACUGCA